GAAAAUGUGCAGAAAAAGGCUCCAAAAGUGGAGAAAAAGACAGGACAAAAACAGAGCAAGCAGGGCAGGCAUGGGCAGGGAAGGAGCAGAGGGAAAAAGCAUCCGCCUUCACCAAGAGCAAGAGAGGAAAAAAGUCAUGUAACCCUCAUUUUGCUCCACAGAUUUCUGAAGAAUGGUCUAAAGGUGCGUUUUUGAUUAAACCUGGAGAUGAAGACAUUCACACAGCCAACGAACGCAGGCUUAAGGAGCUGAUUGGUGCUCCUGCAGGGAAGUUGCACACCGGCAGGAGCAGAAAUGAUCAGGUGGUGACGGACAUGAAGCUGUGGCUACGAGACGCCAUCGCUAUGCUAACGGAUAACUCCCUGCAGCUCAUCUCCACCAUGGUGGAGCGGGCAGCAAUAGAAAUUGACGUCCUUUUUCCUGGUUACACCCACAUGCAGAAGGCUCAGCCAGUCAGAUGGAGUCACUGGAUUCUCAGCUAUGCUGUAGCUUUAAGCAGAGACGUGGAGCGGCUUCUGGAGAUCAAGAAAAGAAGCAAUAUUUUACCUCUUGGCAGCGGCGCCAUUGCUGGCACACCUUUUGACAUCGACAGAGAGCUACUGCGGACAGAGUUGGGGUUUGAUAGCGUCAGCCUGAACAGUAUGGAUGCCACAGGACAGAGAGACUUUGUUGCGGAGUUCUUGUUCUGGGCUUCCCUGUGUUUGACCCACCUUAGUAAGAUGGCCGAGGAUCUCAUGCUGUACAGCACUAAGGAGUACUCCUUCGUCACGCUCGCCGAUGCCUACAGCACAGGCAGCAGUUUGAUGCCCCAGAAGAAGAAUGCCGACAGUCUGGAGCUGAUCAGGAGUAAAGCAGGUCGUGUCUUUGGCAGAUGUGCAGGAUUCAUGAUGACUCUGAAGGGUCUGCCCAGCGCAUAUAACAAGGAUCUGCAGGAGGACAAAGAAGCCAUGUUUGACUGCUAUGAUACUGUCCAUGCUGUGCUGCAGGUGACAACUGGAGUCAUGUCGACUCUAAAGAUCAACCAGAGUGUAAUGGAAGCUGCGCUUAAUCCUGACAUGUUGGCUACAGAUCUGGCCUACUACCUCGUGAGAAAAGGGGUGCCAUUCAGAGAAGCCCAUGGUCUCUCUGGAAAAGCUGUAUUUGCAGCUGAAUCUAAAAAUGUCUCCCUGAAUCAGCUGACUGAGGCGGACCUCGCUGCUAUCAGCCCGUUGUUUGGAAGUGAUGUGUCUUCAGUGUGGGACUACCGGAGCAGCGUGGAGCAGUACAGCGCUUCUGGGGGAACAUCGAAGAGCAGCGUCUCUGCCCAGGUGGAACACCUGAGGAACUGGCUGAAGACUCGUUCACCGUGACCUCUUCUCUGUGACCUCCAGCUGUCAGACUUGGGUCAAAGUGAAUUACUUACACCUUUAUUCACACUGCCUUUAUAAGCUUGAAAUUUAUUUGCUUUAAGUGACUUUCAUCUCAGGAUACUUUUGUUGAUCAUGUAUUCUUACCUGAGCAGUGAUCAAUAGGUUACGGAAUAAAGGAUAAUGUUACAGACUUCACUCAAA